AUGUCUUCUGGUAAGUUUGCUCCAUUGGCUUUCCUUUUGCUGGCUGCGUUUUUGAUGUUUCCUAUGAAGAAGGUGGAAUCAAGAUACUGUAGUCCUGUUACAUGUUACACGGACAGGAGUGGAGAUUGUCUAUUUGGUUGCGUAUGUUAUCCCUCUUUUUUCGGAAAUGUGGGUUCCUGUCAGCCUUAUGUAUCAGUCGCAAAGAUGGUUGAAGAUCAUCCUAAUUUAUGUAAGUCUGAUGAUGAAUGCACUAAGAAAGGAAGUGGGAGCUUUUGCGCUCGUUAUCCUGAUUCUAAUAUGGAAUAUGGAAGGUGUUUUUCCUCUAAGUUUCAGGCAGAAGUUUUCUUUGUCAAGAUGAUCUCUAACUCUCAAUUCUCAAAAGACUUGUUGAAGACGUCUGUCACUGCAUGA